AUGGCUCGAGCUGAUCAAAAGUUAAGAUCUACAGGCCGAGAUGUCUUUGUCAAUUUCAAACCCAAAUCUACUGACAAGCCUAUUCUUGAGGACACGGCACAAGAAAUCGCCUCACAGAACUCCCGUUCGGUCGAAGAUGCCGUACCAACGACCCGCUUUCAAUUCAUUGAUAAUACUUCUGCUUCCUCCUUGUCUGGCAAUUCAACACAGGUUCGUCGACAUGUGAUGAAAGAGUUCAUGCGCCAAAAGCGAUGGCAGGAUAAGAAGCGUCAAGAGAAUCCUCCAAAAGAGUCUGGUUCGACGUUGAGGAGGCCCGCUCGGAAGAUCAAAGCUCGAGGAAAAGCACAUCAAUCCGAAUCAACAGCCUCAUCAGGAGCGUCCUCUCCCAGCGUAUCCGGCACCGGUUCACUGGACGAGUGCCAGACUCAGCCCAAUGCUGUCCAUAAUUCGGCAUAUUUAGCCUGGAGUAAUGAUCAAGUCGAAGAGAUUGAACGAAAUGUCACCAUCCCCGGGCAAGCUGAGAAAGGCCACCCAGAUUUCUUCUUCUUGGAACCAUCUGCUUUUGCCAAAUUAGCAGAUAUCUCCUCAAGUGAAUCCUCCCGGACAAGGAGCAUAAGUUCCUGUGAUUCGUUCUCUACUGCUGGUAGCCUGAUGUCCAGUGAGUCUUUGCAUGUUUAUGUCAGCCCGGACCCACAAUCUGUUUUAAGUGCUGCUCGUACCGAUCCUUUCGACUGCCUACCGAUGAAGCUCAACCAACAAGACAAGGAACUCUUUGAUUUCUACGCCAAUGUCAUGCCAGCUUGUUCUUAUGGAUUCGAGAGGCGCUCGCCGCACGCCCACAAUUGGUAUCUCUCCGUGUUCAUUCCCGAAGCCAUGAAAGGAGCUGUAUGCUUCCAGAACACCAUCCUUGUCCAUGCGGCGAACACUCAGGCAUGGGUGAAAGGCUUGACUGAAACGCCUGCCUCAAUCGAGCAUCGCGCUCGAGCAUCGCAAUUACUCUUACAACAUUUUCAGAGCUCUCCCACCGAUACGUCUGACGCCUCCAUUUCGGCAACACUUUCUGCCGCUGCCCUAGAAGACUUUGACCCACGCAUCCAGCGACGCGAAUAUGCAUGGAUGCAUUUUCGUGCAGCUGUGCAGAAGAUACGCGACCGGGGUGGCCCAUCUGUGCUUGUCCAGCACAACCGGCUUCAGAUGCUGAUUAAUUGGUCAGAUUACAUAUUAUCUGGGUACAGUUCCAACGGACCAACAUUCUAUUUUCAUCACGAUCCUACCGCCAUGCCGUCUCAUCCACUCGAGGCACAGCAGAUAGCGGUGCAAGAAAUAGAAGAACAGUGUGAAGAGUUUAUCAAAUUUCUCCGAUGCACUGAGCAAUUAGCCUUUGUUCAGGCCCAAAUUCGGAAAACGCCAAUUGCCGUUGAACAACCAAUGAGAUAUACCGCUUUCAUACCCGGCCAGCCUCUGGAACGAUUACUGGCAAGUCCUCCUGGUCUUAGGUACACCGAAACAGGCCAACUGAAGCAAAUCAUUUCGCGGUUGGCAUCUCUGCUGACAAUCAACACUGCCAUCUGGGAAUACCGACAUUCGACAGACAUAAGCGAGGAAUUCUUCCGAGAGCUUAUCGAGAACGUCAAAUACAAUGAAUUGGACGUGCACCUUUCUGUCGAAGCCCUGAUUCAAAUCUUGCUUAGCGGCAGCAAGAACCCUGCUCUGCUUGACACUGAAAGGCCAUGGUUCGUUGGUCGCAUGCUGAAAGUCGCAAAGCGACUGAAAGAAACUUCUUUUCAAAAGCUGAACAACGUGCUGCUAAGCCAUCUCACAUUGGGCUCUGACCUGCACCCAGUGAUGAAUGAUUGGGAAAAUGACCUGCGGCUAGAAAUCCUCGGAGCCCCACUGACCAGUCACGUUCUACCUCUAAUGCAGUCCUCCCCGCCGAAGGUGUCAUGCUAA